AUGCCUGUCCAGCCGGGCGCGGAUUUCUCCGACCAGGACAACAAGUCCAAGACACAGCCAGGCCAGGUUCGGUUUUCGACGGUAACCGAAGAAAUCGAGCCUUCGGAUCCAUCGGCCUCUGCCUUGCCCGCUGGGAAUCAGCCGGCCGACAAUCAGAAACAGCAGGAUGAAGAAUUACGGUCGCUAGCAGCGAGUCUGCAGCGGUCUCAACUGCAAGAAUCGCGACUGGGGAAAUUCUCAUUUGACCCCGUUUCUUUGCCGUCCUCAAGAUCUCCGCCUCUUACCCCCGCGGCCACCCAUUCUCGUGAAUCCAAAACUAAUGACACUGCUUCGACGUCGAAUGCGACAGACCGAGGAACCGCCCCACACUCUGCAGCGAUGACCCCGGAGACUUCCCCGCCUACGAGCGCGUCUACGAGAAGCAAGGCCCCUCAGAGCGCGCCGACGUCGCGGCCGGCAUCUACCGAGCAAUUGUCCAAGCAAGGCAAUGUAUCGCUAACGUCAUCCCACCCUUUGAACUCGCCGAAGCAUCGUGCGCAGUUUUUCAUCGGCCCCGAGGGAGGCUCUCAGGAAGAAAGCCCCCCAACCACCCCGAAAGAUUAUGAAAACUUCACGCCCCCGGGCACCAUCACGCCCGUCGGAGAGCCGAAUGACCCCUAUGCCCGCAGUAAACGACCACCGCAGCCCAAGAACCUCGGCCAACUUGAUCAGCGAUUUAUCUUUGGAGGCCGUGAUUUAAAACGAAGGGGACAAAACUCGUCAACAUUUCCCCUCCCUCGCCCCGGAACGCCUCGGUCGGCCAGCGCCAGCGACCUCAAAGCCAGCGAGAAACGCAGUGGGUUCUUUGGCAGUAAGAAGGAUGUGCGACAGCAGGAACCGGAAGGCAAGCCCCAGGGGCACAUGGCGGAGUUGAAGCGGUUUUUCAAGAUGGGCCACAAGCACAAACGAGCGGAUUCUCCCUCGCUCCCCAAGAAAUCGAGUCGCGGUUCUGGAAAGAACACCCCGUACCAGAUGGCCCCGGACAACGUUCCCUUUGCUGAUGAUCAUGGACUCAACUCCAAAUACGGCAAACUCGGCAAGGUCCUUGGAUCCGGGGCGGGAGGCUCUGUCCGGCUGCUCAAGCGGAACAGCGACGGCGUGACUUUCGCCGUGAAGCAGUUCAGAGAGCGCCACUCGUGGGAAACCUUGAAGGAAUACUCGAAGAAGGUGACUGCGGAAUUCUGCAUUGGGUCGACUCUGCACCACGGCAACAUUAUCGAGACGCUCGACAUCAUUCAGGAAGGAAACCACUGGUAUGAGGUCAUGGAAUACGCUCCGUUUGAUCUGUUCGCCAUUGUCAUGACCGGGAAAAUGGUGAAGGAUGAGGUGGCAUGCGCCUUCAAGCAGAUCCUGAGCGGAGUGGCCUAUCUACACGGCAUGGGUCUGGCCCACCGCGACUUGAAGCUAGAUAACGUGGUGGUCAACGAACACGGUAUCAUGAAGCUCAUCGAUUUUGGAAGCGCCGUUGUUUUCCGGUACCCCUUCGAGAACGAUAUCGUUUCUGCAUCCGGUAUCGUUGGUUCCGAUCCAUACCUCGCUCCCGAGGUAUACGAUGAGAAGAAAUAUGACCCUCGCCCCACGGAUAUUUGGUCCCUCGCUAUCAUUUUUUGCUGCAUGACUCUGCGUCGAUUCCCUUGGAAGCAACCUCGCGUUAGUGAUAAUUCCUACCGGCUCUUUGUGUCCACGCCUACCCCGGGCACUCCGGUCCCCGACGCGGAUCCACGGCGCCAUCGGAUUUCACGAUCGACUCCCGAUCUUCCCUCGUCCGCUCACGACAACCAACCGUCUCAACCCCCUCAAAACAAAGACCCUGAAAAGAAGCCGGCAGCGCCUGAGCAACCGAACGGGCAGCAGGACUCGCCGAAAGAACCGGCGAAAUCCGAAUCCAGCAGCCACGAAGACAACAAUCGCCCCGAAAGCCCUCAGGACGACAAGAGUACAAAGACCACUUCCAAUCAGAAAAAUGGCAACAAUAAGCCGACGCGCACAACAAGCAAGGAGGCCCCCCCUCCUCUCCCCGGCUCGACCCAAUCAUCGGGCCAACGGCAGGAAGUGAUCAAGGGCCCCUGGAGGCUUUUACGACUUCUGCCACGUGAGAGCCGGUAUAUCAUUGGCCGCAUGCUCAAGGUGAGCGUGAAAGAUCGCGCCAGCCUUGAUGAUGUCUUGACCGACGAAUGGGUUCGAAACAUCAAGGCCUGCCAGCAAGAGGUAUCGGGCGAGGUGAUCAAAGCUCCCGGUCAUACCCACAUCCUCGAACCUCCUUCGUCAAGCGUCCCCUCGGGCGCAGUAGCCGGUCUGACCGUCGACUGCUCCUUGUACCCCUUGGACACCAUCAAAACACGCCUUCAAAAAGCCCGGCACCAUGCCCCGACAGCUCCCGCUUCUAGCUUGUCGUUAAAGCAGACCAUCCGCGGUAUCUACGCCGGCCUUCCCUCCGUCCUCUUUGGCUCCGCCCCCUCCGCGGCCUCCUUCUUCAUCACCUACGACGGCGUCAAACGCGCUCUCCUGACGACGUCGAACUCGGAGGCUCCGUCCCGGACGCAUGUCCUCCUCACUCACUCGCUCGCCUCCUCGAUGGGAGAAAUCGCCGCGUGCGCCGUCCGCGUACCCACGGAGGUGGUGAAGCAGCGAGCGCAGGCCGGACUGUUCGGCGGCUCCAGCCUGCUCGCUCUGAAGGACAUUCUCGCACUGCGCCAUCCGGACCCAACCACCGGUGCCAAGCGCGGCUACGGGCAGGUUCUUCGGGAGCUGUACCGCGGCGCGGGGAUCACCAUCGCGCGAGAAAUCCCCUUCACCGUCCUGCAGUUCACCAUGUGGGAGUCGAUGAAGGAGGCGUAUGCCAAGCGCUCGCAGCAGCAGUCCGGUGCCGUGCCGUCUGGAAGCCAAGUCCCGGCCGCCACGAGCGCCAUGUUCGGCAGCGUUGCCGGUGCCAUCUCGGCGGGGCUCACGACGCCGCUGGACGUCAUCAAGACGCGGGUCAUGCUGGCUCGUCGGGGCGACGGCGCCGCGGGAGAGGAAGGGGCUCGCGUGCGCGUUAAGGAUGUGGUGCAGGAUAUCUCCAAGGAAGGGCUUGGGGCCUUCUGGAGAGGCAUCGGGCCGCGGGUGGCUUGGAUUGGAAUCGGCGGUGCCGUGUUCCUGGGCAGUUAUCAAUGGGCUUGGAAUACCCUGGAGAGAAAGGAUCGAGAGGAGCAUCCCUCCGACGCAUCCAUUGGAGCUCUCGCACCUGUUCCGGAGUCAACAACUGGUCCAUCAUCUCCGCCGUUAAGAAAUCAUGUUCUCCCUCUGCCCGACGCCCCGGGCGGUCAUCGACUAGGAGUGAAUGGCCUGACCAUUGAUCCCGAUAACUCCAUUCUGUAUUCCGCUGGUCGCGAUGGCGUUGUCUGCUCGUGGGAUCUCAACUUGCCUCUUGCGAACUCCUCGGCAUCAUCGUUCUCGAACGCGAAGCCUCCGCCGACGACGUUUCGGAAUCAGGUUCAGGCCCACAGCCACUGGAUCAACGACAUCGUCCUGACCCAGAAUAAUUCCGCUCUGGUCUCUGCUUCGUCCGAUACCACCGUGCGACUGUGGCGACCGCACUCCGACUCGACUGAGGUGCCGGAUCCGAUUGGGAAGCAUGCGGAUUACGUCAAGGCCUUGGCCACUCCGGGGAGCCAUUCAAACUGGGUCGCAUCGGGCGGUCUCGAUCAUAAGCUGAAACUAUGGGAUCUGAAUGGUGGCGGCGAGAUUCUCAAUAUCGAUGUCUGCGGCGACGAUCGUACGGCCAAGGGCUCGGUCUAUGCCUUAGGAGCCGUGUCGUCUGUCCUCGCCAGUGGCGGGCCCGAGAGCGUGGUCAGAACCUGGGAUCCGAAAUCCGGAAAAUUGAUCACCAAGUUUGUCGGUCACACCGAUAACAUUCGCGACAUCCUGAUCAACCGGGAUGGGGAUACGGUCAUGACGGCGUCGUCCGACCAAACGAUCAAGAUCUGGUCCCUCACGGCAGGAAGGUGCAUGCACACCUUGACGAUGCACAACGACAGUGUCUGGUCCUUAUACUCCAAUCAUCCGCAGUUGUCGGUCUUCUACUCGAGUGACCGAUCCGGCUUGGUCGCCAAAACUGACACCCGCCAUUCCUCGGACAUUGAGCAGGGAAUCUCCAUUGCGGCCUUGCAAGAACAUGAAGGCGUGGUCAACGUCGCGGCCGCUGGCGACUACAUCUGGACGGCGACCCCUAAGUCGAGCAUCAACCGGUGGAACGAUAUUGACACCACGGCCGAGAUUGACUCGCCGAGGGAGCGAGAGACUGCGCCUGCGAAAGACGAGAAAGAGUCUGCGGCAAGGGAACGGGUGAAGAAAAUCCCGUACGAGUCGGUGUUGCAGCUGUCCAACACCUCAAUGUUUCCCAAGUCUCGCGUUCCUGAGGGAGUGGUGCCUCGGUCAAUGGCAAAUGGGCAGCCGCCAUCGCCCGGAUCGGACAUGGAAGAUGAACUAGGACUUACACUCCCCGUGUACUCCUUGCCCGACGACACGAUAGAGGGCCAGCAUGGCUUAAUCAAGCACUUCUUCCUAAAUGACCGGAAACGAACAUUAACCCAGGAUUCCGCUGGGGAAGUUGUUCUGUGGGAUCUUCUCAAGUGCGUGCCGAUCCAGUCCUUCGGCAAGCGUCACAUGGAUGAUGUCGCAUCUGAGAUUAACACAACCGAGAGCAUUGCUCACUGGUGCACAAUCGACAUCCGUACCGGACGACUUUCCGUGAUAUUGGAACCAGGCCGCUGCUUUGAUGCGGAGGUAUACGCAGAUGAGGCAGAUCUAUCGGAUUAUUCUCAUAUCCGCGAGGAUCAAAGAAUCAAUCUGGGCAAGUGGAUUCUCCGGUGGCUUUUUGCGCCUUUGGUAGAAGAGGAAAUACAACGAGAUUCUCAGUACCGCGCCACCGCGAUGGCCAAGGCUGAAGAGUUGGCUAAACAGAAUAUGAACACCACAGCACCAAUGGACAUUCCGACCAUAGAUGGAUCGAGAAACUUUGGCACAUCUCUGGACCCUUCGAUUUCCUCCCUGCGGCAAGGAUACGACACUCUCGGUAGUCCCACGACACCCGGGUUUGGCAUCGGGUUUGCCAAUAGCCCUGGCUCAUUUGCCGCGACACCGAUGUUCAAUCAGAGCAGCUCUCAGAACAAUAGCAACCAUUUCGGCACGUCUCCUUGCGAGCUUUCCGAUUUUAUGACGUCACAACACACCACAGACCCUACCAGAAGCUCAAUGUCCGAUAAGUCCAGUGACUAUUUCUCCUCGCCCCGAAUGCAAGGUCUGCCUCCCUUGGAUACAGAGCGUGCACAGUUAGCAACUCCCGGAGAGCCGACACCGACGGCUCUUCCUCAGUCACCAGCGGAACCCGAUAAGGAGGAGCGCAAGAGAGGUGGCUCACUGUUCGGCAAGAAGUUCCGCAUGGAUUUUCCCAAGAAACUUGGCCGGACUUCGUCGGAGGUCAAGCCGCAGAUCCAGGAGGAGAAGGUAGAGGAGUCCGAUAAGUCUUCUGUCAAGGAGGAGAAGGUGUUCGAAAACAACCUCAGUGGUUAUAUUGACCGUAUCCGUCACGAAUACGAAGAGUCGUUGUCGGCCAAUUCUUCACAGGACUUGGCCUCAGCUUUCGCGCCAAGUCACGAGAGCGAAACGCCGGCACUGGCCAUUCCUUCGCGCACGGCUGUAUUCAUCCAGGAGGAAUCGGGUGAUACAGCCGUAGCUUCUGAUCUCUAUCGCGGAAGUGUCGGUCGAAUCAGUCAGGAGGUCGACAAGCUUGAGAAAUCAAUCCCGCUGUGGCUUGCCGACCUUCUACUCAAGAACCAAGUGCCGUUCAAGGAGCCUAUCAAGAUUGCCUUCACUUUGAAGCCGUAUGACGAUUUGCUGCCGCCUGUGGUCAAGCCCGAUGUGAACACCGCCAACGGCAAUCCGACGAACAAUUCGCGCCUCAACGCCAACCGUAUGCUCCGGGCUAAGAAGAUCCUGGCAUACAUCGCGGAACGAAUCGACCCGCCCAACCCGGAUGAGCCUGAGGAUAAUCCACUGAAACCGGAAGAGUACCUAGAACUGUACUGCCAAAAGACGCUUCUACCCCCGAACAUGACUCUUGCGACCAUGCGUGCCCACAUCUGGCGAUCAUCGGGUGACAUGAUCCUUUACUACAAGGCCAACGGAAAGAAGGAAAUCCGGAACCCUGAGACCGAAAGGGACAACGAUCAAAGUCAACAGGCUCCUGAAACCGGUUUGAAUCCACAACGGCUCGCUGAACCGGGCAGCUUGAUCAACGGCGACGGCAAGACUGCUCCCUCGGGAAGUAUCCAUUCUCUAACCGCGUCAAGGUCUGCAUCGGCCUCUAUUAGUAACUCCUGA